ACCAGAACAUAUUAUAAAUAAAUCAUGGAAGAGACGUGUACGGGACAUAUCAGGCAGCAGUUGAGUAAAAGAAGCAUAACAGAAGAGUUGCCUUGUGAAAUUCUCUUGUGCAAUAGGAUAGAAAAGAGACAUGAUGAACAACAAAUGAAGUACCUCAGAUAUCAGGUCUCAUUCUCCACCAGCAUUUUAAGAAAGCCAUGGAGGCUCCUUUUGUCUUUAGGAGUUUUUGCUUGACUGUCCUAAUAACAUUAUGCAUUCUAUGCAUUCCACCCAGAGUCUGUUCUGAUGAAACUGAUCCAAUAAGGGAGAGAUACGAAAAGUGGCUGCAAGAAAACAAACGAGAGUACAAGGAUAGGGGUGAAUUGGAACAGCGUUUUGGAAUUUACAAGACAAAUGUUCAGUUCAUUGACCAGUUCAAUUCCCAAAACUUCUCAUUCAAGCUCAUCGAUAACAAAUUUGCAGACAUGACAAAUGAGGAGUUCAAGUCCAUCUACCUGGGCCUUGGAAACACUACAAAUAAUUCAGGCCAGGGGAAGAGCUUUGGAUAUGAAGAACAUGAGGAUUUGCCAACUAGCGUGGACUGGAGGACGAAAGGCGCUGUGACUCCAGUCAAGGAUCAAGGCCAAUGUGGAAGUUGUUGGGCAUUCUCAGCUGUCGCAGCUGUGGAAGGCAUAACCAAGAUCAAAACAGGCAAAUUGGUGUCACUGUCAGAACAAGAGCUGGUGGACUGUGAUGUUAACACUGGGAACCAAGGCUGCAAUGGUGGAUACAUGGAAAAAGCUUUCGAGUUCAUUAUAAAGAAUGGGGGCAUUGCAACCGAAAGAGAUUACCCUUAUGCUGGAAGAGACAACAACUGUGACAAAGCUAAAGCUGCAACUUCCGCAACGACUAUAAGUAGCUACGUACAGAUACCUCCAAACAACGAGAUGAGUCUACAAGCUGCAGCAGCCAAACAACCUGUAUCAGUUGCAAUUGACUCUGGUGGCUAUGCAUUCCAGCUCUACUCUAGUGGUGUCUACUCAGGCCAAUGUGGCACGAAUCUUGAUCAUGGAGUAACAGUAGCUGGCUACGGGGUAUCUAACGGACAAAAUUACUGGCUAGUGAAGAACUCAUGGGGCACUGGAUGGGGUGAAUCAGGUUACGUAAGGAUGAAACGCAGUGUAACUGAUAAGGAAGGUACUUGUGGAAUUGCCAUGGAGGCCAGUUACCCAGUCAAGGACUGAAUCAUCAGUGAUGAUAUUUAGCUUUAUAAGUUUAAUGCACUUGAAUAUUUUAAGUAUGAAUAAGGUGGAUCCCCUAGCAUGUAAGAGCAGAUCAGCAAAAUGGGAUGAUCCAGACAUAACAGAAUAUGUUAAUAAAACUACUCUUUAAGUUAUUUUCUA